CGAAUAUUUUUCAGUACUCAAACUGGGAUAAUCUCGAGUUGGUACGAUUUUGCAGUGCUUAUCGCAGUGUUCCCGGUUUGUAACUGGGGAAAUACGGGUCAUAAGGGGCGUUGGAUCGGUAUUGGAACGUUUUUGAUGGGUCUAGGCUCAUUUAUUUGUGCGUUACCACAUUUUAUGAUCACUCCGUAUCGCGUGAAUGGUGCAGGACUUAACGAGAGUGAUUAUGGACAAUGCACAUUGAGGGACGAAAAGGCGUUAGAAUGUGUGAAAGGCGAUACGGAGCCUGCAUCCUAUUUGAAUCCGUACUUUUUGAUGUUUCUUCUUGGACAGACCCUGCACGGAAUCGGUGCUACACCACUGUUUUCAAUUGGAACCGUAUACUUGGACGAGAACGUCUCACAGAAAGCAUCUCCUGUUUAUUUGGCGAUUCACGCCGUUGUAACAUCAAUUGGCCCAGUGAUCGGCCUGUUUGUUGGAGGCUUUUUGUUAACGAUUUAUACUGAUUUCGAUCGGGUCGAUAUGUCUACAGUCCCAUUCAAGGAUUCCUCUGAUCCCCGAUGGGUUGGCGCAUGGUGGCUGGGCUUCCUCGCAUCUGCGAUUUUUGCGUUCUUCACUGCGUUUCCAAUACUCUCUUUUGCCAGAGAACUGCCCGAAGCAAAGCGACAUCGCAUGAAAGACGUGAAUCAGGUGCAUGCCGUAUCUCAGGUGGACGAUAGCGAUGCCAUCCUUAAUGGAAAUCUGAAAUACUUACCACAAGCCGUUUGGGUAUUUGCUUUAUUUGUUGACCCACCAACAGUUACACUUUCAAUUGUUCCAUACAUCAUUGAGCAAUUAACCGGUCCAAAAGGAUUUCCUUUUGAUGCCGCGGUAUUUGGUUUGCAUAGCAAUGUCAUAAUGAUGUAA